AUGGGUAUUCCCAAUAGAGGCCCUGAGCUUCAGGCAGUGUGCUACACACUGCUUGUCUCUUCAGUUAUAGCAGUUGCCCUCCGAAUCUAUGUUCGUACACGGAUGGUCAAGAACUUUGGGUUGGAUGAUUGGACAAUGUGUGCUGCUCUUGUCACAUUCUUAUUAUUCUGCACAAGCUCCCUUAGUGGAGUCACUCACGGAACAGGUCGUCACCGAAGUGACCUCGACCCAAUAGACUAUAUGAAAGCGAGAAAUUGGUGGUGGUGGUGCUAUCUAUGGUACUGCCUAACCAUGAUUACUUCAAAGAUAUCCAUCGGCAUCACCCUACUUCGAAUCACCAACCGAAAGAUGGACAUCUGGAUCCUCUACGGCACAAUGGCCAUCACACUCUGCACCGGAAUCGUCUUCUUCUUUGUCACCCUCUUCCAAUGCUGGCCCAUAUCGUAUUUCUGGAACACGAACCAAGAAGGAAAAUGCGUCAGCCCCGACGUCAUCAUCGCCCUCACCUAUCUAUACAGUGUCUUCAGUGUCAUCUCCGACUUCACCUGCGCCAUCCUGCCCAUCUUCUUGAUAUCGAAGCUCAACAUGGGAAAGAAGACCAAGCUUGCUGUGAUUCCUCUUUUCGCCAUGGCCUGCGUGGCUAGCUCAGCCGUCGUCGUUCGUUUCGCCUUUGUCAAGGAUUUCAAGAACCCAGACUUCUUGUGGGCAACAGUCGAUAUCGCCAUCUGGUCGGCCACAGAACAAGGCCUCGCCAUCACCGCCGGCUCCUUGGCAACUUUGCGGCCUUUGCUUCGAUUACUCGGCCGCAAGCUUGGCAUAACGACAUCGGGACGGUCUGAAUUACGAGACACGGAUCAGCGAACAGGAACAGGGCUAGGAAAGUUUGGUCCUUCAAGGGCUACCAACAGCGGCAAUAAGCAGGGCGAUCUUUUUGGGCUCGCUACAUUCGCAAGGGAGAACGACUUGGACGGCCACGGGCGAGACUGCGAGGCAGCUUACGCUGGGAAGGACCAUUUUGGAAGGCCGUCGGCGGAAAGGACAGUAGUGUCGACGUGGAACUCUCGAAGGGGUACAGGCAACUCGAGUGAGGAAGAGUUGACACCAGGCUUGAGACCCAAGAGCAGUGGUGCUGUCAAGGUGACUACCACUUUCAAGGUGGAAGAGGAUAGGAUUUGA